ACGUACAGUAGGUAUACAACCAAGGCAAGCCAUGAGCCUUGAAUCCCGUAUACCGAUUCAUCACACUGCCGCCGUAUUACGGUUCUCGGCUCAAGCAUGCGGGGUAAAGGGCCUCACAAAAGCUUGAAUUUCGCCCGAUCAUCGUAUCUAUUUGGUAUUUUGCUGAUGAUCUUCAUUUCGAUUUGGUCGGCGUCCCAGGUUUCCAGAAAAUCUGGGAAGUCGCACGGAUUGCUAUCACUGGGUAGGAAAAAAAGCAUCAGCAUGGUGGUACCAACGCACGAAAGCGGAGAUCAGGAGCCAUCACCGACCACAACGACACUCAGCGACGGAACUGUAACAUCGGGACGAAAACCGCAGAAACGCCGGUUUCGCCCGGCCGCUGCCUUACCGGCAGGAUACACGAUAGGAACAAAAGCCGUAGCGCAGCACAGAUAGGGACACCCCACGGCGGUCUUGAAGUUGUACGCACCC